AAUAGUAUUGUUCGUGACAACAAAUGUAACUUUAUUGUUUAAUUCUCUGCCAAGAUGUCGGUGAAUUAUGCUGCUGGUCUCUCCCCAUAUUCAGAUAAAGGACGAUGUGGCCUACCGGAGGUGUUUGAUCCCCCAGAAGAGCUAAUUAGGAAGGUAGAAGAACUGGCUGAUAUGAUCCGCCAAGCAACUUAUGUCGUGUUCCAUACAGGAGCUGGAAUAAGCACUUCUUGUGGAAUUCCGGAUUUCAGGGGGCCUAAUGGAGUAUGGACAAUGGAAGAGAAAGGUCUUAACCCAAAGUUUGACACAACUUUUGAAAAUGCCCAUCCGUCUCCUACACACAUGGCAUUGCUGCAGCUACAGAAAGUGGGAAUCCUUAAGUUUCUUAUCAGCCAAAAUGUGGAUGGACUACACGUGCGAUCAGGUUUUCCCCGGGAACAACUUUCAGAACUGCAUGGAAACAUGUUUGUAGAGGAAUGUACCAAAUGUGGCAAACAAUAUGUACGAGACGUUGUUGUGGGGACAAUGGGACUAAAACCUACAGGAAGACUCUGUGAUGUUUCUAAAGUCCGAGGUCUCAGAGCUUGCAGGGGGAAGCUAAUUGACACAAUAUUGGAUUGGGAGGAUUCUCUUCCUGAUCGCGAUCUCAACAUGGCCAAUGAAGCUUGCAGGAAAGCUGACCUCUCAAUCACUCUCGGAACUUCUCUGCAGAUCAAACCUAGUGGCAAUCUUCCACUCCUUACCAAAAAGAAAGGUGGAAAACUGGUGAUAGUUAACCUCCAACCAACAAAACAUGAUCGACACGCUGACCUGUUGAUUCAUGGAUAUGUUGAUGAGGUGAUGAAGCAGCUCAUGCAACGUUUGGAUUUAAAAAUACCUAUGUGGGCAGGGUUGCCGUUAAAGACAGAAGACAAUGAUCCAGACUUUAAAACCAAGGACAUAAAAUUUAAAAAUGAGGUUUUGGAUUCCCCUCAGGAGAAGAGAGGAAUUUGCGACGAGUCUCCUCAUGAACAAAAGAGAUUAAAAGUUGAGCCAGUCUGUGUAUAAAUUAGAAGUGUAUUAGUUCUUAUCAAUCCUAUAUAUGUAUAGAAAAUAUCACAUUUGUUUUGUUACACAAGUCAAAAAUGUCUCUACAGUUUGUUUGCUCUGUGAAUUUUACUGUUUUUUUUGUUUGUUUGUUUGUUUUCUCUAAAUCAGAUCUGCAAUGGUAACAUUCAGUGGCGUACAUACCACGGUCGCAGCUUCGACCGGGCCCGUCACUCCAGGAGGCCUGGCCGCCCUGCAGACACCUGCGACCGGGUACCCACCGCCUUUUGCGGCCCCGGCCCGCGCGUCAAACUGCCGGGGCCGCCGUCCAAGGGGUCCAUCGGGUGGCCCAUGCUGUCUGGGCCACCCGAUGGAGAUGGAUUGUCAGUUUCGCACCGGGGCCCCAUGGAUUGUGUGUGUACGCCACUGGUAACAUUUAAAGUGCCUUCAAGAGCAGUAGCCCUUAAUACAUUCCACAUUUUUUCUAUUGGUUUGCCAUUUGAAGGCCAGUUUUGUUUUGUAGUACCCAAAACUGUGGAAGAAUUACAACCCGAUGAUGUGAAAUUUAUUCUGAUUUUAAUGUUUUUGUUUUUUUAAAACUUGUUAGCCUUGAUCUGGACCAAAUUAUUAUUUGAUAACAUUAAACCACAUACAGAAAUGAUUGUAGUAUGAUGUUAGCACAGCUCAACAUCAAUGUUCUCAUAUUUCCUUUAUCUUUUUACGUUUUUUUAAUUAUUAUUUUUAAACCCUGUUUUGUUAUUCUAUUAGUUCUGCGUAGGUCUUGCUAGGUGAAAUAUUUAUAUUGGUUUUGAAAAGAAACAGUAUGAAAACUGUUUAAUUAGAAAAACACAGCAUAAUAUCCGAUCCUGCCUAAAGUGAAAUUCUAAAGAAAAGGGAAAAACUAAUAUUUGUAAUUUUUGUAUUAAAUUGUAUUAACUAUAAAUUUUAUCAGUGUUUAAAAAAAAUUAAAA